UAUGAUGAUUUUUGAUCGAUUAAAAUGUCUCCACGAUCUGCUUUAUCGUAAAUAUGGACUGGUUCAGGAAUCGGUUCGAAUCUUGGCGCGGCUUUUUGACAGCUAUAUAAACCCAUGGGAUGUGUGGUUGUGAUAGAGGGGAGCUUUGGUUAUGUGUUAGUGUAGCUUAUUUGAUAUUGUUACUUGUUGUUUCUUUGGAGCCAGCAAAAAAGAGAAAGACUUCCCCUGUAUGGGAAUACUUUGAUCAGAUUUCUUCUAACAAGGUACGCAUACAUACAGUACAUUUAUACAUACAUUAUUACCAAUGCAUUGUAUUUGUAAGAAAAAAAUGCAUCAUUCUUACUAUCUUUUAUUCAAAGGUGAAGUGUAUGUUGUGCUCUAAGGAAUUGGGGUACAAUAAUAACACUUCAUCUAUGAUAAGGCAUUACCGUGCGUUGCAUGAGAACAAGGAGAGAAAUGGAUGUGGGCCCAGCCAAGCUACCAGAAAACAAGAGCUGGACGAGGCCCUGGUCACAAUGAUUGUGAAAGACACACAGCCAUUUAGUAUUGUGGAGGAUGUGGGAUUUAGGGACUUUGUUCAGAAACUAGACCCGAGCUAUGUUCUUCCCACAAGGCAGGCUGUGAAGGCCAUGGUGGAGGCGAAAUAUGCCGAGUCCAAGGAGAAGGCCAAAGCUGACGUGAAGAAGGUGACUGCAGUGAGCCUGACGUCUGACCUGUGGACGUCCAUCAACAUGGGUGCCUACCUGGCAGUAGCUUGCCACUUUGUGGACAGCAACACUUGUCUCAAUUCAGUUCUGUUAGGAGUGCUCAAAUUUCCCCAGGCACACACUGCUGAAAAUUUAGCUCACUUGAAAGCCUCCCUCAUGGAGGAGUGGGGGAUAACCAACCAUGUAACAUGCCUGGUUACAGAUGGCGCUGCUAAUAUGAUCGCCUGUGGCAGGGAACUGAGGCUCCGUCACACGGUCUGCAUUGCACACACUCUUAACCUGAUAGUUAAAAAGGCUCUUGACCAGACCCCUGUGCUCGCUGAUAUUCGGGCCAAGGCGAGGAAGCUCGUGGGAUACUUCAGAAGCAGCGUCACUGCUAAGGAAAAGCUUGCACAGCUGCAACAGCAGAUGGGAAGGCCUACGCUGAAGCUCCUUCAGGAGGUGGAGACCCGCUGGAACAGCACCUUUCAAAUGCUGCACCGUCUGGUGGAGCUCAAAGAGCCAGUGCGGGCAGCUUUAGCCAGUCUGGCCACUGAGAUACCCCCACUGAGCUCUGAUGAGCUCACCUCUGUGACUGCAUGCCUUUCAUUGCUCUCUGGCUUUAAUGAUGCCACCGUGGAGCUGUCAGAAGAAAAGAAGGUUUCUGGGUCUAAGGUAUUGCCGCUGCUUAAAAUGCUAGAUGAAAAUCUGCAGGAAGAGAUGAAGAAUAUGGCAUCUCCAGUGGCAAGACAAAUGGGAGAGCAUCUGAAAAGACAGUUAAGGGAGAAGCUCAACACAUUGCAGUCUAUGAGCAUCAUGUCACUUGCAACAAUGCUGGACCCUAGGUUCAAAGCGAUGGGAUUUUUUAGUCCUACAAAAGCCAACGAGGCCAUAAAAAGGCUUACAUCGGAGUGUGCUGCCAUAGUUAGCUCUGCAGCUCAACCAUCAGCAUCACACGGGGCUGAACUUGUAACCCCAGGUAACAAACUGUGGCGUCAUCUGGAUGACAGUGUGAUGGAGUCGAGAAGAAGGCACAGCGUUACAGCAGACGCUACUGUGGAAGUCCAGCGGUACCUUGCCGAACCAAAUAUUGGGCGAUUAGAGGACCCCCUGCAGUACUGGGAGAGACAGAAGCUUAUAUAUCCUCAUCUGUAUAGGCUUGCUGUCAAGUAUUUAUGUACCCCGGCUUCAUCUGUGCCUUGCGAAAGGGUGUUUUCAAAGGCAGGAGAAGUUGUGUCAAAAAAAAGAAAUCGCCUUAGCCCUAAAACAUUUGAGAAAUUAAUGUUUCUGAAUAAACAUGUCUGAAGUAUACCCUCUUCAUCAUUUUCCUUGAUCAAGCCAUCAGAGAGCAUAACAUCAUAGACGAGGUUUAUUUGGACGAGCUCUUAAAUACAAUUUUAAUAGUUGAAACAAAUACUUUAAAAACGUUUCAAACAAUAAUGAAUGUCUGUGUAUUUUGUAAUUUUCUAAUGAACAUUUUUAAAUGAUCGGUUCUAACUGUAGUGGUGUGUCAGGAGUGUUUAUCGUAUUUGUCUUGUCUGUUACAAUGGAACAUUUAUUCAUUUGCUUUGUCAGACUCGUAACAGUUGUAACAGUGUACUCAAGUCAAAACACCCCAUAAGUUGGCAGGUGUUUUCCAGCAAAGGUGUUUAUUACAAGUAAAUAUCAAUAUCAGAGCUACAGGUUUGUUCUGUAUUGAAACAUAUUAAGCUGUAGAUGCACAAAUACACUAAUGAAAAUACAUUUAUUGCAAAGUUCUUCAACAGGGAGUUUUGUUUUGUAUAUAUCGUGUAUAUGUAAACUAUACAGGUGCGUACGUGUGUGUAUGUGUUUGCAUUUGUACAUUAAUUAUGCUGAUUAUUGAUCUUGCCUUUCAAUUACAACUGGAAGAGAAUUUCAUCUGCACUGCAUUUUAUCCACACUACAUUCUUGCUGUGCUUGCAUCAUAGCGGGAAAAAAUGCGAGAAGGUUAGCUCCUGUCUCAACAUCUCCACAGUACGAUAUUUAUAUAGAAAUAUAUAAGUGCAUUGACAAACUCUUUAGAUUUGUCCCCCAGCUUCUCUAAAGGAGAGGCCGUGAUUUCUUACUUGGUCAAUUAGGGUAGCUGCUUUCACUUGAAAUUGGUCUGUACCUUCUAUCUCUCCUUCCACUGUGCUGUCCACUUCUUCUCUGUCCAUGUCUUCUUACAGUUUCUCCUCAUGCUCUUUACACCAAUGGCCUGCUCUCUACUCAUCUAGUAGAAACGGCAUUUCCUUUGUUGUCUGUUAUUAAGCGAGCAGUUAUUAGUUUGUGGUUGUGUAUUUGAUGAUAUGACAGAUUACAGAGUGUUGUUUGUUGUGUUUGGACAAAUCAAUGUUUGUGAUUUGUAUAAAACCAAUAAAAGGAGCUACAAUUGUUUG